AUGCCAUCCUCGUCAUCCUUCCAACAAGUGGAAGAUUUGAAUACUUUAUUCAUGGAGGAAGCACUAAGCUAUUCUACUGUAAUUGAGAAUGUAUUUUCAACCGAUAUUAAUUCUAAUAAUGAAAAGUCAGCGAAUGGAUUUAUACUAGAUACAUUUCGAAAUUGGUGUUUGGUUAGUGUUACAGCUGCAGGAAUUCAUAAGGAAAUGGUAACUGGUUCAAAAUUUCUAUUAAUGAAGGAAGCCGACUUAUCGUUGACGAAUUUGGGCUAUUAUAAUCAAGGUAGUAGUGCUGGUUCAACUGCCCGAGCUGUGUUGUGCGAAGCAUUCGAUGGCUAUAAACGAUCUUCAAAAACGACCGGUGGCUAUGGGUUUCAAAUUGAAAAAUCUGAAUUAUUUUUACUUGGUGGUACUACCGGUGCAAAUAUGACAUCAAUACUAUUCAAGUAUGCAGCGCGCGGUAUAUGUGAUGGCUGCGAAAAUCGUUUUUUUGUAUGCUGUUGUGAAAAAUGGUAUUGUUGA